CGGGUGGGAGUCGGAAAAAGAGGACGAACGACUAGUAGAGGGGCCCUUUUCCUGCCGCAGAUGCGCCCAUAGAGCUUUCUGAAGCGUCAGCAACCAGCUACUGCAGGAACGCGGCGACAUACAAAGAGCUGCAACGCCUUGAGCCCUGAUGCCGAUAGAGGUCGAAGACUGCUAUCAUUCCCAAGCGCAUUACAUCUAUAUCAUCAUGCUGCCCGCUCCUAACCAAGGCGCCUGGCCUACGGCCCCAUGAACCACAUGCACUUGCACGGCCAAUUAACGUACGUCGCGGCUCAUCUCUCGACGUGUCGCAGAAAUGCGCAAUGUGUCGAGUGGAGGCGCUGUCAGGCAUGAUCGAAGUAUUCAGAAACCUUCUCCCCCCAACAAAAAGCAACUAAGUCUAAGCAGCUCCCCGGCGAAUAAAUGUGGCCAAGUUGGCAUAGCAAUGCUACUUCAUUGCACUGGGACCAACAAGGAAACCAGAAGAGAAACCGUAGCACUGCAGCCUAGACGCGGCAACCAGAUCCUAAGACGGGCUGCCCGCACAUAUCGUCACUCGAAGGCCGAGUGUCAUGGAAGAGAUAUAUGAACAGACGGGCCGGUGCAACGACUGCAGAGGACACCGAAGAAGAGCGGGGUGCCUCAGCAGCCGAACAGCGGCAGCAAUCACCUACAGAUCUGUGCGAGAUGAUGACGGACGGUGCCUCUGCUUUCGCCUCCCUCCGCGGCUGGUCCCUUCCCUUCGCCCCUCCCGGUGCCGCUUCGCCAUCGCACGCCCUGCCCUCUGGCCGACCCGCGCUGUGCGAGCGCCAGCACUGCAUCCGAAAAAGUCUGGACUGUGCCCGCUUCGCCCGCGAGGGUCUGCGCUGCACGAGGACAAUGUCCUGCGGACCUCGGUCCAACCGCAUCUUGUUGGCCCCCGUAUGCCCAGAAGCCGCCAGCGGAGUCGAGCUCAGGGCAACAGGUGCGAGGCUGGGCUCCGCCGCCGCUGUCCGCCUGCACGGCGGCUCGCCGCCGUCCUCUGGCGGCGUGCCGUGCCGCUCCAGGCUCUGUGGCGGCCGUGCUCCCAAGCCACGGCAAAUCAGAUCGGCAAGCGGCAGAGAAGCGCGUGCAGCCGCUGAGUCGGAGAGGACGAGGAUGAAGACGAGGAGGAAAGGCAGAAGAAAGAGAGAUAGAGAGAGAGAACAAACAAAAAAAGUUACCCUUACGAAUCAUGCGGAUUGAUCGCCAGCUUGCAUCUACAGCCUAUGGCCGCACGGAAGAAAGACGCAGCGCCUGCAGGAAAAUGGGCACGCGCGAGCGUGGGCCUGGGGUGCUCCACGUGAUCACCAUCCGAAGACCAAGCGCCCAAGAACUCGCGGGAACGUGUGCACGCGCGCCAGAGAAAUCCGCGAUCAUCGAUCGGCUAGGUGUGGUGAUGCGUAGCGACGCAGACAAUUCGGCAGGCUCGUGUCGUGACGAGUUCGGCGGUGGCGUCUGACUCCGCG